ACACUUGAAGGACAUUGGAAAUGAUAGCGUUGAGUGUAGAGAGUCAGGCAUUGGAAUACAUUUUUUAACCCAUCAUUCAAAUUUAAUUGUAAUAUGAUUAGAUGGCAAUCACUCCGUCAGUCAACCUUCACAUUUUGAUUAAGUGAUUGAAAUAUCAGUUACACCUUUCUUCCAAAAAUAUAAUCUAAGUUCAGCAAGUAAACUAAGAAACAGAUCAUCAGUCUUUUGCUGGAGCACGUUCACAUCUCCAUAAAGAUGAUGCUGAGCAUAGCUCUGAUCUGGGCAGUCCUCGUGGGGUUCUGCUGUCUCCUCUGGCUGGCUGUAGGGAUACGACGGAGGAAUCCUGGAGAACCACCGGUUGAGAACGGCCUCAUUCCCUACCUGGGCUGUGCCCUACAGUUUGGUGCCAACCCACUUCAGUUUCUACGCAGCCGUCAGAAAAAAUAUGGCCAUAUAUUCACCUGCAAAAUUGCUGGACAGUACUUCCACUUCCUCUGCGACCCUUUCUCCUACCAUGCCGUCAUCCGUCAGGGCAGACAUCUGGAUUGGAUGAAAUUUCACUUUGCUACCUCUGUCAAAGCCUUUGGACAUGACAGCUUUGAUCCUCGCCAUGGCCACACCACAGAGAACCUGCACCAGACCUUCCUGAAGACGUUGCAGGGAGAGGCCCUGCCCUCCCUGAUUGACGCCAUGAUGGGCCACCUGCAGGACAUCAUGCUGGAUUCAGACACGGUCCGGCCCUGCGCUGAACGCUGGCAGGUGGACGGCAUCUUUGUCUUCUGUUAUAAGGUCAUGUUUGAGUCUGGCUACCUGACUCUCUUUGGCAAGGAGCUGGGCAGGGAUAAGCCUCAGGCCCGGCAGGCCGCUCAGAGGGCCCUUGUCCUCAACGCUUUGGAAAACUUCAAGGAGUUUGACAAGAUUUUCCCGGCAUUAGUGGCCGGUCUGCCCAUACAUGUGUUCAAGAGUGCCCACAGUGCUAGAGAGAAUCUCGCCAAAACCAUGCAUGCUGACAACCUGUCCAAGAGAGAAAAUGUCUCGGACCUCAUCUCAAUGAGAAUGAUCCUCAAUGACUCCCUAUCCACAUUCAAUGACAUCAGCAAGGCCCGGACACACGUGGCCUUACUCUGGGCCUCCCAGGCCAACACCCUGCCUGCCACCUUCUGGAGCCUGUUCUACCUCAUCAGGAGUCCAGAUGCAAUGAAAGCAGCCCGUGAAGAGGUUCAGAAAGUUUUACAGAGCACCGGUCAAAAGGCGGAACCCAAUGGGCCAAGGCUGACCCUCACCAGAGAAGAGCUGGACAACAUGCAUGUUUUAGACAGCGUCAUUAAAGAAGCCAUGCGUCUAUCCAGUGCUUCCAUGAACGUCCGCGUUGCAAAGGACAACUUCCUGCUUCACCUUGACAACCAGGAAGCAUAUCAUAUAAGAAAGGACGAUGUCAUCGCCCUGUACCCCCCCAUGCUGCACUUUGACCCGGAGAUCUUUGAAGACCCUUAUGAGUAUAAAUACGACCGGUUCCUGGAUGAAGACGGUCAAGAAAAAAACACCUUCUUCCGUGGGGGGCGACGACUGCGCUACUACUACAUGCCCUUUGGCUCCGGGGUCACCAAAUGCCCAGGUCGCUUCUUUGCCAUCCACGAGAUCAAGCAGUUUCUGACUCUGGCACUGUCCUACUUUGAGAUGGAGCUACUGGACCCACUCGUCAAAGUUCCUCCUCUUGACCAAUCACGUGCCGGCCUUGGCAUCCUUCAGCCAACCUAUGACGUAGACUUCAGGUACAAGCUGAAAUCUCACCCAUGAGGGUGAGGGGAAAUAUUUAGAAAACUGCACAUCGUUGGAGAAGAGUCUCAUUCUGAAUGUGAUCCUGGAUAAUCUCCAGUACCACCGGAUUACCUCUCUUCUUAACUUUGUAUAUAACUUCCACAUUGUAAAUAUAACACCCAUAAAAACAAGAAAGACAUUUAACUCCCCUACAUUUUUAACUAAUAAGACUUGGCAAGUAACUACCUCCGGAUGUUGGUCAAUGAUUCGCACUGUUAGAAUGUAAAUUAACUCAACACUUCUAGGCAUCAAGGCCCUACUUUUCUUACCACAUGAACUCUUGUCUAAUAACUCCUCCUAGUCUUCUACCUUUACUAUACCUUUCCCCCUCAUAUAUUUUCUUAUUUCUGAUCUCAAACUGCGACAGAUAGGAAUGAGGUAUAUUAACAUUACUGGCUGAAGACUCCCAUUCUCUAUUGCUGUUGAUGCAAAUGUUGCGUCGGGGGAUGAAAGCAUUGCUGUGCUAUAAGUUCAUAAACUAAUACACCAAUGGAUUGACUUAAGGCCUAUUCCACCAAGUGCCAUUCAAGCCAAUCAGAAGGAUCCUCUAUAUUGUCAGGCAAAGGUCAAGCACAAAAUGCUUUGUCGCUCCUUCAGAUUGCUGCGACCAGUGAACGUUUCUUCAUUCCCUCACGUUUCUUCCAACUCAUCCAGAUGGGUUUUUAUUGGCAUGUAUAUACUGUAUAUUUAUAUUAAUAAAAGCCAUUACAGAUACCUAUCUGUGUAUGAACGAAUAGCUGUAUAUAAAUUAACUUAUAUAAAAUAUGUAGAUAAAUAAGCUUGUAUCUGUUAGUGUAUUUAUCUUUACUGAUGAUUUCUAGAAUUGUGCCUCAAUGCCACUCAGCAUGACUUUAAUAUUUACACAUAAAUGGUCAUCAACAUAUUUUUCAUUGUUUAAUGAUUGUGAGAUCCUUUUUAUAUAAUCCAUUGGUUCGAAAAAAAGUUUGAAAGAAGAAGGACGUAUGAAAGAAGUACUGCACACACAUAUUUGUUGUUCUUAUCUAUGGGACUUGAUAACUUAAGCUCCUGAUUACAGCACUGUACAAAGGUCUCAUUAAGCACAGAUUAAAGAUUGUAUCAGUCGUC